ACCAUAUGGCACGCUUCAAUAACAUCUUCUCAUAUUGCGAAACUGAGGAAGUUGAUGAUUGAGGGUUUUGAUAAUUUGGAAUAUCUAUUCACAUCUUCUGUGGCUAGAGAUCUGGUAAUGCUUGAACAGCUUAAAAUAGGGGGAUGCAAGAAGAUGGGAAAGGUUCUUUUUACAGAGAAUGUAGAAGAAAAUGGGAAUUUGAUUUUCCCUCAACUGAGGAUUCUACAGAUACAAGGCCUUCCAAAACUAGAAAGAUUUUGCCACGGCAAUUACAUCAAAUUCCCCUGCCUUUCGCAACUUUUGAUCAUGAGCUGCCCUGUAUUAAAGACAUUCAUCUCAUCAAGCUCUAGUUUUGACACUGGUACACUUCCUCUAUUUGACGCAAAGGUGACAUUCCCCAAGCUUGAGCAACUAACGAUUAAAUUUAUGGAAAGCUUGGACAAGAUAUGGGACAACCAACUUGAUUCAAGUUCUUUUUGCCAACUAAAUUAUCUUAGUGUGAAUUCAUGUAACAAGCUACUAAAUAUUUUCCCAUUUAGUAUGCUGGAAAGGCUUCAGAGACUAGACAAGUUAGAGAUACGGAGCUGUAAUUCACUUGAAGAGAUAUUUGAGUCUCAAGGGCUUGAUGCUGGCCAAUCACAAACUCAAAAAUUCAUGCCACCAACUUUGAUGGAAUCUGGUGCAAAGUUUGUGUUUCCAAAAUUGACACAGCUAGAUCUUUGUUUUCUGCACAAACUGAAGGCCUUAUGCCAUCAAAUGCAUACUACUGAAUGGCCAUCAUUGAAAAAAUUGAGAGUGUAUGGAUGUGAACAAGUACAGAUAUUUGCUUCAGAACUCUCAAGCUUCCGAAGAACAAAUGGAGAUGACCAACUCGAAGUUUCUCUUUUCUGGACAAGCAAGGUUGGAUAUCGUGGGUUGGAGAAUUUGAAGUUAUCUGAAUUUCUUGAGUUGAUUGAAAUUUGGAAUGAGAAACCUCAAGAAAUCUUGCCUUUCAAAAGGCUUAGAUCUCUAGAAGUUUGUAACUGUAACAGUUUCAGAUACCUUCUAACCACUUCUAUGGUGUUGGGCCUCACGCAACUCUGGUAUUUGAAAGUUGCAAAAUGUGCUCCAAUGGAGCAAGUGAUCAUAGGAGAAGGAGCGGAGGAGUUGUUUCCUAAUCUACGCUCUAUUAUUUUAGAGUCUUGUCCCAACUUGAAAUGUUUCUAUGAGGGAAAUAGUGGGCUUGUGUUUCCAUUGUUGAACAAAAUUACUGUUGUUAACUGCCCAGUUUUGGCUGCUUUUGCUGCUUCAUUUUCAAGUGACCAAAAGACAAAGAUAACAACUAAUGACGCAGAAAGUGAAGAAAGUCCUGUCAUCCGUAGUCAACCUUUCUUCAGUGAUAAGGUUGCAUUUCCAAACCUAAAGAAGUUGGAAUUGUCUUGGAUUAAUGUUAACACCAUAUGGCACGCUUCAAUAACAUCUUCUUAUGUUGCGAAAUUGACGAAGUUGAUCAUCAAGGGCUGUGGUAAUUUGAAAUAUCUAUUCCCAUCUUCCAUAGCGUUGGGCCUUGUGCAACUCUAUAAUCUGGAAGUCACAAACUGUGUCAAGAUGGAGCAAGUGAUCAAAGGAGAAGGAGCUGAGGACCUGUUUCCUAAGCUAUUCACUAUUAUUUUAGAGGCUUGUCCCAACUUGAAAUGUUUCUAUGAGGGAAGUAAUCGGCUUGAGUUUCCACGGUUGUACAAAAUUACUGUUGUUAACUGCCCAGCUUUGGCUACUUUUGCUUCUUCAUUUUCAAGUGACCGAAAGAAAGAGAUAACAACUAAUGACACAGAAAGUGAAGAAAGGCUUGUCAUCCCUACUCAACCUUUCUUUAGUGACAAGGCUGUGUUACCAAACCUAAAGGAGCUGCAAUUACGCUGGAUGAAUGUUAACAUCAAAUGGCACACUUCAAUAAUAUAUUUAUGUGUGGAGAAACUGAAGAAAUUGAUCAUUCAAGGCUGUGACAAUUUGGAGUACUUAUUCUCAUCUUCUGUAGCUAGAGGUUUAGUGAUGCUCAAUCGAGUUGAAAUAAGGGAAUGCAAGAGGAUGAGAGAGAUUAUUGUCACAGAGAAUGCAGAAGAAAAAGAGGAUUUAAUUUUUCCUCAAUUGAGCUUCCUAUUGCUAAAAAACCUCCAAAACAUUGUUGGAUUCUACUCAGGGAAUUGUAUUGUUGAAUUCCCAUCCUUAAAGCAAUUGCAAGUAUUGAACUGCCCAGAGUUGGAAGGAUUCAUUGUUAAAUAUUUUGCAAGUACAAAUGUCAUUGCUGACAAACAACCAUUCUUCAAUGAACAGGUUGCUUUUCCCAACUUGGAAAGUUUGACUCUCACUCACUUGAAAAACUUGGAUAUCAUAUGGCACAACCAAUUCCAUGCAAAUUCCUUUGGCAAACUAAAAUCAUUAACGGUUAGAAAUUGUGAGAAGUUAUCCACGGUUUUUCCAUCUGCUGAUAUGCUGGGAAGAAUAUGGAAAUCCCUAGAGAAGUUAAUUAUAUCUUAUUGUGGCUCGCUAGAAGUGGUAUUUGGAAUUGCCGAGUUCAAUGUCAAACAAACACAUGCUAUAAUAGACACCAAGUUGAGAGAAUUGAAUAUUAAUGGUCUACCAAGAUUGAAGUAUGUGUGGAAUAAGGAUCCCCAAGGGAUACUCACUUUCCACAGCUUGGAAUUAGUAGUUAUAGAACGUUGUGACAAACUCAAAUUUUUGUUUCCAGCUUCAAUAGGCAAAAGCCUUUCGCAACUUCAAAAGCUACAUUUAUUGAUGUGCGGGGUGGAGGAAAUUGUUACAAUGGGGGAACAAGGAAUUGAAGCAAUUGUUAACUUUGAAUUUCCUCAACUGUCAAGUUUGAAGCUUGAGCGGCUACCGAGACUCCAAUGUUUCCAUCCAGGGAAACACACAGCAGCGUGGCCAAAAUUAAAAAAGUUCCACUUUUCCCUUUUCAAUCAAGUAAAGAGAACAUAUGGCAGUUGGCAACUUGAUUUCCCUGUACGACUACCACUUUUCUCCAUAGAGAAGAUCAUCUCUCAGUUGGAAGAAUUGUCACUAUCAAGACAUGACAUUGUAAUGACAUAUGAACACCAAUUUAAAGAAGACUUCUUUUUCAAUGUCAAAGUUCUUAAAAUUCAUGAUUAUCUUGAUAAUGAAUCAGAUGUUUUACCCGUUAGAUUACUACAAAGAUUUUGCCAUCUAGAAGAGCUUGUCGUGGAGUUUUGUAAUUUUGAAGAACUGUUCCCUUCAAAAGGAGAAGUUGAAGAGCAAGAGAAACACAUUGAAAUUGAGACACUCUCAAGGAUUAAAACAUUAAAUCUAGAGCGCCUUCCAUAUCUCAGGCGUAUAUGGAGUCAUGACUCAUCAAUUGUUCUUCAAAAUCUUGAAACUCUUCAAGUUUUUAGGUGUGAGAGUUUGAUUAGCUUGUCAACAUCACCUGCCUUUUUCCAGAAUCUCGUAACUUUGAAUAUAAGCAGUUGUGGAGCAAUGGUGCUAGAAAUUUGUGAUUGUAGCAGGUUCAGGUACCUAUUAACGGAUUCAAUGGCUUUGGGCCUCGUGCGACUCUUGCAGUUAAUAGUAAAAAAUUGUGGAACAAUGGAACAAGUGAUAAUGGGAGAAGGAGCAAAAUAUAAAAUGGAAUUCCCACAUCUUUGGUUGAUCAAUCUAGAGUCUUGCUCAGAUUUGACAAGUUUUUAUGUGGGAAGUCAUAGUCUUGAGCUUCCACAAUUAAGUAAUUUUAUUUUAAAGGACUGCUCAAAGAUGGUCACAUGCGCUGCUUCUACAUCCUUAGAAGAGCACGACAAAGAGGAAUAUCAAUACCUCCUUAGCAGCAAGAAGAAUCAAUGGAUGAGGAAAGGAUGUGCAAGAUUUUCUUCCCUAACCUGGAGUUCCUACUGCUCCAAGACCUUCCAAAACUCACAAGAUUUUGUUCUGGAAAUUACUUGGAAUUACCAUGCCUUUGGAAACUUAAGAUAAGCAAGUGCCCUGUGCUGAAGACUUUGCUCUCUAGCUUCUAUUUUGGAGACAUGAUAGCUAGUUCUGAAAAUGUCAAAAACACUUGUACACUUUCUCUCUUUGAUGCAAAGGUGAUUUCUCCUCUAUUUUUUUCCCUUUAUUUUUUGCUUUUUAAUGUCUUAUAAUGCUAUUAUUAUUUUCUUAAAGUUUUACAUUUGAAAAAAAUUAGAUUCCAAUA